AUGGCGUCAGUGGGGAGGGAGCUCGCCGUGGUAGCGGGGUUGCUUUGGGCGGCAUCCCAAACCUUGUGUUUCAACAUGGAGCCUCGCAAACACCUCACCUACAGCUACCCUUACGCCGCCACUCAGGGAAGGGAGCCUUAUUUUGGGUUCUCCGUGGCGCUGCAGAUCAACCAAAAGACAGAUACGAGCUGGUUAAUGGUGGGAGCCCCUCGCGCGAACUCAAGUAUUUAUAAGAGCCACCAGAUUACUGAGCCCGGCGCUUUGUUCAAGUGUAACCUUAAUGGUCAGGAAUGUGUGGAGUUUAUCGUUGACGCUUCUGGCAAUGUGGAGUCUCUAAACCCACAACAUGAGUUUAGUUACCAAGACAUGAAAAAUUAUGGGUGGCUUGGAGGGAGUUUGGACAGCCAGCCUUACUUCCGUGAAGAAAGACAGGUUACUGGGGUGUGUGCCCCACGCUGGAAAAACCAGAUCUACAGAUCCCAGCACUACAUGAAUGGUGUCUGCUACUGGAUGGAUGACUCCAAAAGCAAAGUAAAAGUGAACAAGGAGCUGCCUCUUGUCAAUCAUGAAAAACAAACAACAACGAUAAAUGGCAAAACUUUCUAUCACUAUGGUCAUGGACAAGCUGGCAUGUCUAUUCACUUCACCGAUGACCAAACCAAGUUCAUAGUUGGAGCUCCUGGUGUAUUUAAUUGGCAUGGAACAGUAAUACUUUAUCAGGACAGUAACUGGAACAAUCCUGAGGGCAUAGCAAGGCGAAGGCGACAGGUAUGGUGGGGAGAAAGGCAAGAUUUUCAACACGACACAGUGCCCAAUCCUUCUUAUUUCUCUCGUAUUCGAGACUGUGACCUCUUUGGAUAUGCAGUCACUUCAGGAAGGUUUUUGUCAGAAGCACAAGUCCUGUUUGCCGGAGGUGCUCCUCGGGGUGCAGACUCGUAUGGCAAGGUCCUUGUUUUUGAUUUUGCUAAGUAUGAAAACAGUGACUUGUUGGUAAAGAAAGAGAUGAAAGGAGAACAACUGGGUGAAUAUUUUGGAUCAGCACUGACAGCAGCAGACAUCAAUGGAGACGGACUAAGUGACCUGGUUGUUGGUUCACCCAUGUACUCCCUCCCAAACGUUGCUGAUGUGGGCAUAUUUCGGACCUACCUUAGUAGCAAUAAACGUGGGCUCCAUAUCCAAUCUGCACCUUAUUAUGGCAAUAAGGUUUACCUUGCCAGGUUUGGCUCGUCACUUAUUUCUCCUGGGGAUCUCAAUAUGGAUGGCUAUCAUGACAUUAUUGCUGGAGCACCAUGGGAGGAUAGUGGAGCUGUGUAUGUCUUUUUGGGCUCAUCUACUGGUCUCAAACAACAGCAUUCACAACGUCUUGCUCCAGAAAACUUCAAUCCUGUGCUCAGAGGGUUUGGUGUGUCACUGUCACGAGGAAAUGACAUAGAUAAAAAUGGCUAUCCAGAUUUGGCUAUUGGAAGCUUCCUGUCUGGUCAUGUUGUGGUAAUGAAGACUCGGCCAGUGGCAAUGGUUUCAGGCUUCCUCACCUCCAGCCCAGCCAAUGUUGCCUGGGAGGGAAGCACAACCUUGAUGCUCACAACUUGCCUUCACUACUCUGGCCACAGGAUACCUUCACUUUCUUCAAUUCAGGUAACACUGACGCUAGACCAUGACAGCCCAAUCCCUCGUGCUGUGUUCAGCGACAACAGGUACAUUUACACCUUCAAUCAGACUCUGGUUGCCAACAGUGCUCAGCCAACUUGCAGGACUGACCAAGUGACUGUCAAGGAGGACAAAAUAGACCCAGACCAGCCAAUACUUAUGAAGAUGGAUUAUGACCUUGUGAAGAACUCUAGCUUAGAGUUGAUCAAACAACCAAUGACUAACCCUGGUGAGAUACACAGCAAUAUCACUCGGGUGGGGAUUCUGAAAGGGUGUGUGGAGGAGGUCUGCAACGUGGAUUUGACAUUUGAUGCCGACCUUGACCUGCGGCACGGAAACAAAUUGGUGGUGGGCCAAAAAACUAAACCAGUACUUCGGGUGCAAGUGUUUAGCAGUGGAGAACCUGCAUACCUUCCUACCAUGGUUGUCAAGGUGGACUUGCCUCUUACUCUCCUCAUGCCUACAUCACACGACUGUAAAUAUUUUGAUGGUGAUGUGAGGACAUCUUUGGAGUGCAGGCUGUCCAAUCCCAUCAAAAAGGGUGGCUCAGAUACUGUGGAGGUGAGUGUGGAUGCUAGCCAGCUAACAGACAGCUCCACCAACCCAAGGAUCCAGGUUGAUGUUGGCAGUGAAGGACGUGAGCUAAAACCUGAAGAUAACCAAUUGUCAAUCAACCUUCAGCUGGUGGCCCAAGCUGACAUGAUGCUGCAUGGAGACUCCAAGGAAGAGCAAGUGUUUUACACACAUGUGGGUGAGAACCACAUUAAUGCAACUAUCAAUCCAAGAUUUACUCACUCAUAUGUUGUAUUUAAGAAAGGGCCAACACCUAUUGGUGAGGUGGAUCUGAACAUUGAUAUUCCUGUCAACACAAGUGAUGGACACAAAUUAGUGAAACUGUAUCCUCCAAAGACAGCUUUUAAGGAACAACCUUUCCAGUGCAAGUUGGGUAGUGGCAGUUUUGAUAUUGACAUCAGUGACAAUGGGAAUUUGGAUAGCAGUAAAAUCAGUGAUGACAGUGAGAUGACUGGAAGUGGUAAUGUAGAGCCUCGCAUAAAGCAAAUAUCUGUGAAUGUAGAAAAUGAAGGGGAAGAGACUCAGUACUUCAACUGUUCUUCAAGUCUGGUGAGGUGUGUCCGACUCUCCUGCAGCAUAUACAACUGGCCACAUGAAACAAAUUCAGCAACAAUUUCUUUCAACAUGGAAGUUGAUCUUCAGGUGAUGGCCAGAUAUAUAAACAUUAAGGGUGGAGCAGUGUUUGCAAGUAAAGCAGUUGCCAGCAUUCAGUCUCUUACUUCCCUGCUGGACUUCAUCGGGAAAAAGGAGGCGCAGGGCACUGUGGUGACCUACAUCCAGCCUGAUACCCUGCGUGCAAAGGGCAUUCCCUGGUGGGUCAUCCUGCUGGCAGUGCUGGGAGGCCUCCUGCUGCUGGGACUCUUGGCAUAUGGGAUGUACAAGUCUGGAUUCUUCAAGAGGGAGAAAAUGGAGGAGAUGAAGGCCCAGCAAGCAAGUGUUGUACCCUCCAAUUCAUAUGGUACCAGUAAUCCAGGGUACCAGUAGCUCAACCCACUGAAAAUGGUGCCAGGAGCUGCAACCAUCCAGCAGGAUGUCCUUUUUAAAGGAUUUCACAAAUCAAUUUUGAAGUUAUGUGAACCCUACUAUUGAUAUCUGAAAGAAAAACAGUGAGGAAAUAUUUUAGUGAGAGUCAGGAAAGAAUAGUUUGCCUAGAGACAAAUGAAGGGAGUGAGUCACUGAUUUAGCAUGAUCUCAUCUUGUCAUGUUUAUCAGAUAUCAAGUAAGCAUCAUAUGGUGCUUAAGUGUGAGAAUUCAAGAAUCUAAAGCUUUAUUUACUUCAGUGGCAUUGAAUCUUAUGAACAUAUUCUAAGAACAUGUGGCAUGAAAACACAUACAACUCCAAAGACUUGCAAUGUUUUAAGCCUCGCAUGAGUGGCCAUAGCCAGAGUACCUACCAUACUGUUUGUAUUUGUUUACCUUCUUCGGUAUAUACAACCAGAAAUAUAACUUAUCAGUGAGUUGAGUAUGACUGUGAUUUAUGAUAGUUAUUAUAUGCAUUCUAUUAAAUUUCUUGCCUCUUGCCAUAUGUUAGGAUAAGCUUGUGAUAGAGCAUCAAGUAGAGGUUGUUACCUUUCUAUUCAUCAGAGUAACAUUGAGUCUUCUCACAAGUGCCAAGCCAGCUAGUGGAUGCAUGUGUCUUAGUUUUUCUAAGCACAUCAGACUUUCUGUUGUUGAAGCCAUAAUAUCAAGCAGUUAAUAGGUAGUGAUGGCUCGUAUCAUUGAAACUUUUCACUCAUUUAAUUGAAUUUGGCAGUUUAUCCACUUUUUUUUGUUAAUUUUAUUUAGUGUACUUAUGUUGUUAUAUAAUUUAUUUUCUGCUAUUGCUACAAUAUCACCAAUCCUUUGUUGAAGUCUGCUAGUAUUCUGUACACUUAUAAUACCAAAGAUGCAUGCAUGUUUAGUACACAAUGUUGUGAAUGUACUUCUUCAAAUUUCUUUUGGACUAUGAUAUUGGGACAUGUGAUGUUUUGUUCUCAAAUUCAACUAUCAUGUAUCAUCAUCAUCAUCAUCAUCAUCAUCAUCAUCAUCAUCAUCAUCAUCAUCAAUAGCAUCAUCAUCAUCAUCAUCAGUAGCAUCAUUACCAUCACAUAAUUGUCAUCAUCCUCAUUAUCCUUAUCACAUAUUACCAAUAAAAGAGAUCAUGAACAAUAGCAGGUCAUUUUGAAAGGUCAGCAGUUUAGGUAACAAUGAAGGGAGGCAGUACUAGUCAAUAAAGUACUACACCAAAUAUAUAUGCAUUCAGUAGAACCUCAGAUGUCCAGUUUUUCAUCAAAGUUUAGCAGGCAACUUGACAAAUACCCCUUCACUGAAUUGACACUUGCAAUGCUCUACAGGUGUCAGAUGGCCCAGUCCUCAGCAAUAGGUUAACAGCUGUAGAACUGCAAACACAAUUUCUAUCAUUAACUUCUUGCCAUCGAAGAAAAGAAAAGAAAAGAAAACAAUAAAGAAUUAAAAAUACGAUAAUAGGGGAACAAUAAUGACAUAGACAAUUAGUAGAAGACUUCCAGAAACUGAAUUUAUAAGCAUCUAAAUUAAUUUUCCAUUUACUUCACUAAUGUACAUUAUGAUAACUAAUCUUAUUUAUUCCAAUAUGUAUGUUGAAAUGUGAUGGAGUAUAAGACAAAUUAAUGUCAAGGCAGUGUGUGUGUAUGUGUAAUUUUCUCCAUUACAUUAUAUCUUUUCAUUGAAUUUGUUGAUGAAUGCAACCAACUUUGUAUGAUUAGUGAAAUUUCUAUUUUGAAUCAUUAAGAGUAAGUAUAUGUUACAAUUUCCAUUGUAAUACUAUAUGUAAGAAAUACCAUUGAAAAAGUAAAAAUGAAUGAUA